AUGGUCGAGGGCGACAGAAUCGUCCACCUCGUUCGAUUCUGGCUUCUGCUCUGUGUGGGCCCUCUGAUGGCCGACAUCAUGUGGACGGACGUGAACGCCCAACAGGAAUCCUACAUCAAUCAGCACACCCAGUUCUAUCUCAGUAAGUUUUAUGAGAUUGCCCGGUUUUAUGGGACUUUAAGAGUUUUAAUGGGCUAAUAACCAAUUGCAUAAAGGUGCAUUGCUGAUGAUUCUUGAGAGUCUUAGAGACGACUGAUCUUGUCAUUAAGUCCAAAAUAGCCAUCCCAAAAGGUAAGGGGCUUGUUGAGUCGGCCCUUUAAGCGCCCCAGGUCUUCCUAAGACCCAAAUCUUUUCAGCCUCAGAUUAUUAAAACAGGGAAACCCCGAGCAGCUUGUAAACGCACUUAUGGAAUCAAAUGGACAAUGCGAUUACAAGGGGGGGUGUUGUCGGACGAGCCCCGCGGGCUUUAAUUUUGCUGUAGGAGUCGACUUGAUUGCCCACUCAGAUUGGGUUCCUUUUAAUUCAGCUCGACUUUGUCCCCGAAACCGGCAGUAAAACUCAGAAGACUCUGAUAAAACGGCCUGAGGGAGUAAGGGUAGGGGAGCCGGCUUUUUUCGUUAGAACCGUUUGUUUAUCUCGUCUGGCGGACUACUGAUGACGGCAUCAAUCCAAGUUGCGACACUUCUCCGUAUUUGCAUAAAAUCGACCCUUUUUGGAGCUGAUUCCGAUUCUUUCCUUGCCGCCCUCCCGGCGGGGAGAUGAAUUGCGCAACACGAGGAAAGUAUCCCCUGAGGCGAAUGGGUGAGAAGAAUCUAUUUGGCGCGGCCCGCAAUUCAGCGAGCAUCAGUCAAACCUGCUCCCAGGGGAUUCCCGGAUUCGGUAUCUUUUGGUAUCGCCUCAAGGCAUUUUUAUAAGAAACCGGGCCCAAAAGAACGGCCGGAAAUAUGGCCGAAAAUCGCCGGUCUGGAAAACAGGUGUGGCUUUCUUGGGCUCCCCAGCUGUCUGGGAGCCGAUUGGGAUCCAUUGUUCGAUUGGGAGCGGCGGUGCGUGCCAACAAACUCUCGAUUGCCUCAGGGUAUGCGGAGAUUGUCGAGGCCUUUUUUAAGACCUCCCAUGGAUUUGAGGGAUUUGUCGCCGGAGAUUCACGCGGUUCUUAAUUCCUUUUACCCUCGAAUUCGGGGCGUUUUGUCCUGAUCCACGUGUGAAAUCGGGGUCAGCCUCGAGGCGUCAUCAUCCUUGUUCUCAUUCUAUCGACUUCUCACGGCUGAUUUAAAGCCCUUGGCCUUUUUGGCCACUUCCUUUCAAACAAGCCCUUGUUUGUUGAGUUUCUCAAAUUUCCAUCCCUUUUUUGACAUGAAUUGGCCGCCUUUUUCACUUUAGCGGAUUAAUCAGGUGUUUACCGAGAUUCCCGAACGGUUGUUUGGUGAGGUCCAUCCGCGCUUGAUACGAACAUACCACCGUUUCCUUCCAUUCUGAUUAUGGUUUGAGGGUUGUGAAACACGCAAAUUUCGGAGCACGCACUUUACGAAUCCCCCAUAAUUUUGUUGUUUUCUCUGAUUUAUAAUUUUCCUUUCCUUCGGUCGUUACGAGAAGCCCUUAUAAGUUAGAUCUGGGGCAGGCCCUGUUAUUUUUUGACAGUAUUUUUUAGUUAACUUUAUACAAUUCCGCGAACUCCUGUUUCUCUGAUCGACUUCUCUUUAGUCUGUGCUAUUAUGCAUGACACAUAUUGAUUGUCUGGAUAAGCGAUGCCAUGCUCAGAGGUUGGUGGUUCUUCCUUCCGAUUCUGUUGGGAGCUUCUGAUUUUCCGUAUCCAAUGCCGGAGAAUUCAGAAGACGAGGAAUUGAAUGGGCCCUUCUAUCAGCCCAACAAAAAGAAGGACCUGUUCACACAGCCACCCUUUGAUCAUCCUUAUUAUCGACCGUCCGAGCCCUCCACAAAAGACCUUUUCAGACAUUUCGAUCAACAAUUAAUGCCUGAGGAAAUGUUCGGGGAGAUUCCCAAAGCUGGUUAGCAUUUGACUUUAUUAGUAACAAAAGCGAUGAAAUCAUUUGAAUAGGUUGAGAUAACGUAGUCUUUAAUAUUUUCAUACUUUUUUUGUUUCAGACACCGCCCGAUGUUAUUCCUGCAUGUCCAAGUUCUACGAAGCUGUCUGGCCAGCCCUUUCACAUGUUUACAAAAGGCCGAUGAACUUUACAGAUAGUUGUAAUGACGAAAAGAUCGACAAGACCAAGGUCCCCUACACCCCGUGUCCCACAAUUUGUGUGGCGAUGUCCGAAGAAGCGACUGUGGCGGGUAAGGCUUUUCCCUUUCAAAACCGGGGGCGGCCUUUUUAGUGUAGAGGUAGUGAGCUGGGGGGCGAGUCCGAUGGGAAAGGGUUCGAAUCCCAGUCUGUCAUAAUUAGGGCCUCGAUCGUUCUAAAGGUCGCGACCUUGACGAGUGACAGAAGAGCGACUUCGAACACUCCUUAGUGGACUUCAGGAUUCUGAUUUUCAUGUCUUAUGUGCUCGUACAGUCAUUUUUAAAACUUCUUGUGCUACGCUUUUCAAAAGUGAGUAGAGUUUUAAGCGCAAUUUUUUUUCUUUUUGCACUGUGCAAUUGUUGUUGCUUGCGCAAAAUCCGCGGCGACGCAGUUGAAAAAAGCUAACCUUGGGCGAUUUUCGAAUUGUACACUGCAAAUUUAUGCACAGCGAAAAGCUUUGCGACAAACAGUCUAUGCACUUUUGAAAAAGCGUAUGUCGAGAAUGUACACAAUAAAAAUAAUAUUAUACAUAUACAUGUGUAAUAUUCUAGGAAUGAAAAUCCGCGGUAAUAUUCGUGGAUGCCUGGACGAUCUUCUGCACAAUGGUUUCAACCAGACAAUCGUGUCCUGGUACCGAUGGAUGCAUCGAGAUUCCUGCAGGAUCUAUCGGAAGAGAGAGCUUUUUAAAUUACCUCCCGAGCAGUCGGAUGAAUCUUCAAUUCAGGUCUGUACUUGUUAUGCAGAUUACUGCAACUCAGCGACGGUAUCGCCUUGGCCACUGCCCAUGAUUGUAAUGUUAGGAGUGCUCUUCACAUUCGUCUACAAUUAG